AGGGUCGUUUCGGUCAAUUAGCUUCCAACAAAAAAAUAUUAGAAAAAUGGCAGAUAGCGAUACGCCUCGGAUAUUUGUCACUCACAACACUCUUCUUCCUCUCUUCCUCUUCACACCAUUCCCCAAACCUCCUUCCUUAACCUUCACACACCAAAAACAACUCUCUUUCUCUCCUUCCCAAUUUCACCCGGAAAUGCAGGAAAUACAUUCCCUCGGCGGCACCAGGUUCUUCGGCGGCGGCGGCGGCGGCGGUGGCGGAGACCGCAGGCUGAGGCCGCACCACCACAACCACCACCAGCCGCUCAAGUGCCCUCGCUGCGACUCCCUCAACACCGCCGCCGCCGCCACCAGCAACAACAACAACAACAACAACAACGCUUCCUCUUCCGCUCCGGCCACCGCGUCGUCCACUCCGCCGCCGGAGGCGAACUCCAACUCCCACUCCAGCAGCGAAAGCUCCACCCUAACCGUUGCCGCCACGGAGGCGAUGUCGGCGCCGACAUCAAACGUUGCGUCCAACAGCGGUUUCCUUCUGGACAACGUUCGCGACUCGAAGAUGUUCGGUAACGCUAACAACCUCUCUUUGGAAAGUGGUUCCAUUUUCUCGGAGAUUGGAAGCUUCACUAGCCUCAUGGCUUCAAAUAACGAAGCAUUGGGGUUUGGGUUUGGGAAUAGUAAUAAUAAUAACAACAACAACGACACCAGCAACAGCAACAUCCUCGACGCGACGUCUUUACGGUUCGGGGUUUCUCAGCCGGAUGGGAGUGAUCAGGUGCAUGUGGCACCAGGUGGAGAGCAUGGUCAGUGGCAAGCGCAGAGUCAUCAGGAGUUUGGUACGGCGUCGUUUCUCGAUCACGCGGUGCCGCAGCUUGAGUUUUCGUCGAUGCAGCAUAAGAGUGGAUUUGGAUCGUUGGAUUGGCAACCCGGUGCGGAUCAAGGUUUGUUUGACCUUCCUAACACCGUUGAUCAACCUUACUGGGCCCACCACACUCAUUGGUCUGAUCAAGAUAACCCUUCUCUCUUCCAUCUUCCCUGAAAAUCAAAGUACUCAACAAAUUUCCCUCUUUUUUUUUUCUUUUUUUUUUAUAACUUGAGGAAAAAAGAGCAAAGAAUAGUUGGUGAAAACAAAUUGGAAGAGAACCUGGAACUCAUAAUUAGUAAUUACUAAUUACUAUAUGUAAAUUUUUACUUUUUUUUUUUUUUUUGAGAGGUGGUGGGCUUGAGCUUGAUCAUAAGUAGUGAAUAGUGAUGUUCAUGUGUGCAACUAACAUCCAUGUUAGUUUUUUUUUUAUGAUUUUUUUUUAAUGUAUGUAGUUGAAAUUUGAUUUAUUAGGGGGGAAAAACGUAGGAGCGGUGUUAUAAUUUAAUAUAUUGGGGAUUGGUGGUAUGCGAUUGUUAUUUGGAAUUUGAGGGAUUGUAAUGUUAUUCUGGCGUGUAUAUGAUAUAGUAUAUGUUCUUGAUCUGCA